AAGAGGGUGCGUGGGGAGAGAGUGUUCUAGAACGGGCACACCCCUGGGCAGGGGAGGAUAAAACCUGCCGCUGCCCGGCCCCAGCCCAGCACCGCUCCAGCCCCUGCACAGAGCUGAGCCACAGCACGCGCCGGGAGCACGCACCGGGAGCAGAGAUGCUUUGCCGCCUGCACUUCAUGCCGCCCACGUCCAGCUCGCUGUUCCCGUGGCUGGGACCCAUCCGCACCCUUUGGCCGCAUCCAGGCACCCUCUUUGCCGAGCUGGAGCGAGAGCUGCGGCUGGAGAUGGAGAGGGCUCGGGAGUUCAUGAGCAGCUUCGAGCAGCUCCUGAGCAGCGGGACAGGCCCCAGCCGGAUCGGCGUCGCCGCGGAGCGAGCCCCGAGCACCAGCGCAGCCCUGACCCAGGGCCCCGGGGAGGGCUUCUCCGUCUGCCAGGACGUGAAGGACUUUGCUCCCGAGCAGCUGUCGGUGAAGGUGGUGGGCAGGAAGGUGGUGCUGGUGGGGCAGAAGGAGACGCAGAGCACGGACGAGAAGGGCUCCUUCUCCUACAAGUACGAGGUGCUGAAGCGGGAGUGGGACGUGCCCGAGGAGGUGGACGCCGAGGCGCUGACGUGCUCCCUGUCCAAGGAGGGGCAGCUCCGCAUCGAGGCCCCCAGGCUGGCCCUGCCGGCCGCCCCGGAGAGGAACGUGCCCAUCCAGAUGGGGCCAGCAGUGGCGCAGCCAACGGCCAGCACCGACGACGGAACCGAGCGGGCCAAGGCAUGACGGGGAGCGGCGCGGGGCUGGGCUGAGCCCAGCUGCUGGGGCAGCCGCUGGUCACAGGGCAGGACGGUGCCGGGGGCUGCGUGACAGCCCGGUGGGAGGGUCUCUGCCCAAAACAUGUAGCUUUUUUGAUAUGUAAUAAAUAUUCCUG